AUGAUACGACAUUGCCUUGCCUCAACUUCACGCUUAAAUAUAUCCCUAAAGAAUUAUGGUAAUUACAAUAAAUAUCCGUAUAUCAACCAAUUUAAUCGAGCAUUUACCAACUCAUGCAGACUGGAAAGAGCCUGUGAAAUAACAGGUUCACAACAUCCAUCUUCAUGUGGUAAUGAAACAAUAUUCGGAAAGAUUCUAUCAGGACAUAUACCUGCUGAUAUAUUAUACGAAGACAAUGAUUGUAUAGCAUUCCGUGAUGUCGAUCCAGUGGCUCCUACACAUUUUCUUGUAAUCCCUAGAAAAUACAUCUCGCAACUCAGCUUGGCAGUGAAAGAAGACUCAAAACUAUUAGGUCAUUUAUUAUACGUUGCCAAAGAAACUGCAAAGAAAGAAGGUCUAGAUAAAGGCUAUAGAAUUGUGAUCAAUAAUGGCGUGGAGGGUGGACAAUCCGUAUAUCAUCUGCAUAUACAUGUAAUCGGAGGUUGUCAGUUAUCCUGGCCCCCGACUUAA